AUGAAGUUCCUCGCCUUUCCGCCGUUCACCACACUCCUCAUCGCGACAUCAAAAUACCGCCUCUAUCAUUCAUCCCAAGUUCAUCGAAUCCCAUCCGCCCAUCCCCCCUAUUCCUCCCACCCAGCCAUCCCACCUCCUCCCCGUUCCGCCCUCCCACGGCCAUUCACCUCAUCUCCCCCAGCCAUCCCACCUCCUCGCCCCCAGCCAUCCCUCCUCCUCCCCAUUCCGCCCUCCCACCACCAUUCACCUCAUCUCCCCCAGCCAUCCCACCUCCUCCCCCCCAGCCAUCCAUCCUCCUCUCCAUUCCGCCCUCCCACCACCAUUCACCUCAUCUCCCCCAGCCAUCCCACCUCCUCCCCCCCAGCCAUCCCUCCUCCUCCCCAUUCCGCCCUCCCACCACCAUUCACCUCAUCUCCCCCAGCCAUACCACCUCCUCCCCCCCAGCCAUCCCUCCUCCUCCCCAUUCCGCCCUCCCACGGCCAUUCUCCUCAUCUCCCCCAGCCACCCCACCUCCUCCCCCCCAGCCAUCCAUCCUCCUCUCCAUUCCGCCCUCCCACCACCAUUCACCUCAUCUCCCCCAGCCAUCCCACCUCCUCCCCCCCAGCCAUCCCUCCUCCUCCCCAUUCCGCCCUCCCACCACCAUUCACCUCAUCUCCCCCAGCCAUACCACCUCCUCCACCCCAGCCAUCCCUCCUCCUCCCCAUUCCGCCCUCCCACGGCCAUUCUCCUCAUCUCCCCCAGCCACCCCACCUCCUCCCCCCCAGCCAUCCCUCCUCCUCCCCAUUCCGCCCUCCCACCACCAUUCACCUCAUCUCCCCCAGCCAUCCCACCUCCUCCCCCCCAGCCAUCCCACCUCCUCCCCAUGCCGCCUUCCCACAGCCAUUCAUUUCAUCUCCCCUAGCCAUCCAUCCUCCUCUCCAUUCCGCCCUCCCACCACCAUUCACCUCAUCUCCCCCAGCCAUCCCACCUCCUCCCCCCCAGCCAUCCCUCCUCCUCUCCAUUCCGCCCUCCCACCACCAUUCACCUCAUCUCCCCCAGCCAUCCCACCUCCUCCCCCCCAGCCAUCCCUCCUCCUCCCCAUUCCGCCCUCCCACCACCAUUCACCUCAUCUCCCCCAGCCAUACCACCUCCUCCCCCCCAGCCAUCCCUCCUCCUCCCCAUUCCGCCCUCCCACGGCCAUUCUCCUCAUCUCCCCCAGCCACCCCACCUCCUCCCCCCCAGCCAUCCAUCCUCCUCUCCAUUCCGCCCUCCCACCACCAUUCACCUCAUCUCCCCCAGCCAUCCCACCUCCUCCCCCCCAGCCAUCCCUCCUCCUCCCCAUUCCGCCCUCCCACCACCAUUCACCUCAUCUCCCCCAGCCAUACCACCUCCUCCACCCCAGCCAUCCCUCCUCCUCCCCAUUCCGCCCUCCCACGGCCAUUCUCCUCAUCUCCCCCAGCCACCCCACCUCCUCCCCCCCAGCCAUCCCUCCUCCUCCCCAUUCCGCCCUCCCACCACCAUUCACCUCAUCUCCCCCAGCCAUCCCACCUCCUCCCCCCCAGCCAUCCCACCUCCUCCCCAUGCCGCCUUCCCACAGCCAUUCAUUUCAUCUCCCCUAGCCAUCCAUCCUCCUCUCCAUUCCGCCCUCCCACCACCAUUCACCUCAUCUCCCCCAGCCAUCCCACCUCCUCCCCCCCAGCCAUCCCUCCUCCUCUCCAUUCCGCCCUCCCACCACCAUUCACCUCAUCUCCCCCAGCCAUCCCACCUCCUCCCCCCCAGCCAUCCCUCCUCCUCCCCAUUCCGCCCUCCCACGGCCAUUCUCCUCAUCUCCCCCAGCCACCCCACCUCCUCCCCCCCAGCCAUCCCUCCUCCUCCCCAUUCCGCCCUCCCACCACCAUUCACCUCAUCUCCCCCAGCCAUACCACCUCCUCCCCCCCAGCCAUCCCGAUCCCUCAUCCUCCCCAUUCCGCCCUCCCACCACCAUUCACCUCAUCUCCCCCAGCCAUCCCACCUCCUCCCCCCCAGCCAUCCCUCCUCCUCCCCAUUCCGCCCUCCCACCACCAUUCACCUCAUCUCCCCCAGCCAUCCCACCUCCUCCCCCCCAGCCAUCCCUCCUCCUCCCCAUUCCGCCCUCCCACCACCAUUCACCUCAUCUCCCCCAGCCAUCCCACCUCCUCCCCCCCCGCCAUCCGUCCUCCUCCCCAUUCCGCCCUCCCACGGCCAUUCUCCUCAUCUCCCCCAGCCACCCCACCUCCCCCCCAGCCAUCCAUCCUCCUCUCCAUUCCGCCCUCCCACCACCAUUCACCUCAUCUCCCCCAGCCAUCCCACCUCCUCCCCCCCAGCCAUCCCUCCUCCUCCCCAUUCCGCCCUCCCACCACCAUUCACCUCAUCUCCCCCAGCCAUACCACCUCCUCCCCCCCAGCCAUCCGUCCUCCUCCCCAUUCCGCCCUCCCACGGCCAUUCUCCUCAUCUCCCCCAGGCACCCCACCUCCUCCCCCCCAGCCAUCCCUCCUCCUCCCCAUUCCGCCCUCCCACCACCAUUCACCUCAUCUCCCCCAGCCAUCCCACCUCCUCCCCCACAGCCAUCCCUCCUCCUCCCCAUUCCGCCCUCCCACCACCAUUCACCUCAUCUCCCCCAGCCAUCCCACCUCCUCCCCCCCAGCCAUCCGACCUCCUCCCCAUGCCGCCUUCCCACAGCCAUUCAUUUCAUCUCCCCUAGCCAUCCAUCCUCCUCUCCAUUCCGCCCUCCCACCACCAUUCACUUCAUCUCCCCCAGCCAUACCACCUCCUCCCCCCCAGCCAUCCCUCCUCCUCCCCAUUCCGCCCUCCCACCACCAUUCACCUCAUCUCCCCCAGCCAUACCACCUCCUCCCCCCCAGCCAUCCGUCCUCCUCCCCAUUCCGCCCUCCCACGGCCAUUCUCCUCAUCUCCCCCAGCCACCCCACCUCCUCCCCCCCAGCCAUCCCUCAUCCUCCCCAUUCCGCCCUCCCACCACCAUUCACCUCAUCUCCCCCAGCCAUCCCACCUCCUCCCCCCCAGCCAUCCCUCCUCCUCCCCAUUCCGCCCUCCCACCACCAUUCACCUCAUCUCCCCCAGCCAUCCCACCUCCUCCCCCCCAGCCAUCCCUCCUCCUCCCCAUUCCGCCCUCCCACCACCAUUCACCUCAUCUCCCCCAGCCAUCCCACCUCCUCCCCCCCCGCCAUCCGUCCUCCUCCCCAUUCCGCCCUCCCACGGACAUUCUCCUCAUCUCCCCCAGCCACCCCACCUCCUCCCCCCCAGCCAUCCAUCCUCCUCUCCAUUCCGCCCUCCCACCACCAUUCACCUCAUCUCCCCCAGCCAUCCCACCUCCUCCCCCCCAGCCAUCCCUCCUCCUCCCCAUUCCGCCCUCCCACCACCAUUCACCUCAUCUCCCCCAGCCAUACCACCUCCUCCCCCCCAGCCAUCCGUCCUCCUCCCCAUUCCGCCCUCCCACGGCCAUUCUCCUCAUCUCCCCCAGCCACCCCACCUCCUCCCCCCCAGCCAUCCCUCCUCCUCCCCAUUCCGCCCUCCCACCACCAUUCACCUCAUCUCCCCCAGCCAUCCCACCUCCUCCCCCCCAGCCAUCCCUCCUCCUCCCCAUUCCGCCCUCCCACCACCAUUCACCUCAUCUCCCCCAGCCAUCCCACCUCCUCCCCCCCAGCCAUCCGUCCUCCUCCCCAUUCCGCCCUCCCACGGCCAUUCUCCUCAUCUCCCCCAGCCACCCCACCUCCUCCCCCCCAGCCAUCCCUCCUCCUCCCCAUUCCGCCCUCCCACCACCAUUCACCUCAUCUCCCCCAGCCAUCCCACCUCCUCCCCCCCAGCCAUCCCUCCUGUUGGUUUUGA